AUGACUUUGCUUCAUUUAACUGCCUGCAUUCUGGCCAUAGCUUUCACUCAAGACGAGUGGGCCAUUCUCGUGGAGAUGCUGUGUUUGCACUCCUUAGAUCCCACCAUGUCCAUCGAAGCUGUGGUCUAUGACUUCUUCAAAAACCAGCCAGGUGCCUCGCGUCAAGCCACCUCGACUUCGCUGAGCACCAUGACCUUGACCGUGGCACUGUCCACGGGGCUUGGUGGAAUCAUCUACGACCAGUGGAGUUGGCAAGGUUUGGCGAUCGCGCACACUGUGUUUGAGGGGCUCCUCCUCGUCGUCUUGUGGCUUCAAAAAGCCUGCUGGAGAUCUGUUGAAGUGGUUCUCUUGAGAAGAAAAAGCAAAAUGCACAGCAAAAAAAGCAAGGUCAGCAAGGUCAGCAAGAUCGGCAAGGAAAUUCAAUGGGCUCUGCCGGCCACAGAGGGUGUCCACAGCGAAGCGACGCCAGAAAAUCGUGAGGGUGCCAGCGCGCCGAUUCCUGGGCAUGUGGAGCAUGAAGGCUUCGAAAAUGGCGUCGGACCAGGCCUGGCACUUGAAGAUGUGGAGGAGGAAGAGGCAGGACCUCAUCCAGUGGUACCAACCGUCCGUGAGACGGUCAAGAGCAGAAGAACCAAAUCAGAUGUUCUACAAGAAAUGCUGGACGAAUUGGACGACGAGGAGGAGGAGGAGGAGCGUGGCAAGGCGCAGGAACCGCCACGGCGUACCAGGUUCCAGGAUGCUGAGACGGAGCCGCAAGACGAGGUCGCCGAGGUCGUGAAACCAAAGUCACCGGAGGUGGAUAAACAGCAUUCGACUGCCGUAAGCGGUCGGAGGACAGAUCACAAGCUCUUGGACGCCUACCUGCAGGAAUUGGAAGCCGAGGAGUUGGAUGAUCACCCGGAUCAGUUCAUCAUAUGUCGCGGCAUGGAGAUCAGCCACCUCACGCCGCUCAAUGCCACUGUGAAGGCUUCAGGAUCGGAGACGACAUCCACGGAACGUGUCUGUUCUCGUGUGGUGGCAUACAUCAGCGAGCAUGCGCUGAGCGCUGACUUUGGCUGA